AUGGACAACAUAGAAGGAGUUUUAAACACAGUACAAGUGGUCUUGAUAGGUAUGACGAUCGCCAAUUUCCUUCAAAACACUGGUCGUCUUUCACCAGCCAUAAAGUUGUGUGAGGAAUGCUUGAUUUUACUAAACAGUCAGGCGCUCGAUAAGGAUGGUCCAAUUACCGACUCAAUUCUCGUUAAGAGUAUCUACACCAUAAUGGCCAAAGCAAAAGAAAAAUGCGUCAGGGAACUCCUUCUCCUGCACCAGGACUCUGAUGACACCUUCCUACAGGGAAGGUUGAAUAUGUUACUGGCAAAUACACUUCAAGAUCAAACGAAGUUUGCGGAGGCCAGAGAAAUUUAUGAUAGAGCAAUAAAAAUCAUGAAAACGAAUGACGACAAACUAGGAAAAACAAUUUGUUACGGAAACUUAGCCAAAUUGCUCUAUUCCUUUAGAGAAUAUGACAAAUGUAAAAAAUAUCUGGAGAAGGCACUUGCGAUCAGAACCCAAAUUGGUGACAGGGUCGGAGAAGCAGAUUAUUACAGAGAACUAGGAAAAAUGUCCCAAUUUCUUGGUAACUAUGAUAAGGCACAAGAAUAUUACAUGAAAGCACUUACCAUCAGAACGCAAAUUGGUGACAACGAGGGAGAAGCAGUAGUUUACAGAAACCUAGGAACCGUAUUCCAAUCGCUUGGUAAUUUUAACAAGGCACGAGAAUAUUACAAGAAAGCACUAGCCAUCAGAAUAGAAAUCGGUGACAGAGAAGGAGAAGCAACGGAUCAGGAAAUGCUCCAAAUGCUCGGUGAUCUUAACCAGGCGCAAAAAUAUCACGAGAAAGCACUUGCUAUCAGAGUGGAAACUUUUGACAGAAAGGGAGAAGCAGAGGAGUACGGAAACUUAGGAAGAGUGUUCCAAUCGCUUUGUAAUUAUGAUCAGGCGCAGGAAUAUCACGAGAAAGCACUUGCUAUCAGUCUGGACAUUGGUGACGGAAAAGGAGAAGCAGCGAGUUAUGGAAACUUAGGAACAGUGUUCCAAUCGCUCGGUAAUUAUGCCCAGGCGCAAGAAUAUCACGAGAAAGCACUUGCUAUCAGUCUGGAAAUUGGUGACAGAAAAGGAGAAGCAAGGGAUUACGGAAAGCUAGGAACAGUGUUCCAAUUGCUCGGUAAUUAUGCCCAGGCGCAAGAAUAUCACGAGAAAGCACUUGCUAUCAGUCUGGAAAAUGGUGACAGAAAAGGAGAAGCAGCGAGUCAUGGAAACUUAGGAACAGUGUUCCAAUCGCUCGGUAAUUAUGCCCAGGCGCAAGAAUAUCACGAGAAAGCACUUGCUAUCAGUCUGGAAAUUGGUGACAGAAAAGGAGAAGCAGCGAAUUACUUAAACCUAGGAACAGUGUUUCAAUCGCUUGGUAAUUAUGACCAGGCGAAGGAAUAUCACGAGAAAGCACUUGCUAUCAGUCUGGAAAUUGGUGACAGAAAAGGAGAAGCAGAGAGUCAUGGAAACUUAGGAACAGUGUUCCAAUCGCUCGGUAAUUAUGCCCAGGCGCAAGAAUAUCACGAGAAAGCACUUGCUAUCAGUCUGGAAAUUGGUGACAGAGAAGGAGAAGCAGCGAAUUACUUAAACCUAGGAACAGUGUUUCAAUCGCUUGGUAAUUAUGACCAGGCGAAGGAAUAUCACGAGAAAGCACUUGCUAUCAGAUUGGAAAUUGGUGACAGAAAAGGAGAAGCAGCGAGUCAUGGAAACUUAGGAACAGUGUUCCAGUCGCUUGGUAAUUAUGCCCAGGCGCAAGAAUAUCACGAGAAAGCACUUGCUAUCAAUCUGGAACUUUGCAACAGAAAUGGAAAAGCAAAUUGUUAUACAAACCUAGGAGCUUUGUUUCUGUCACUCGGGAAAUACCCUAGAGCAGAUAAAUAUCUAGUGCAAGCACUGGCAAUAGCAAAGGAAAUUGGCGACAAACAUGGAGAAGCGGUAGUUUACGGUAAUUUGGGGAUAAUUUCUCGUCGUCUUCAUGAUUAUGAAAAGGCCCAAGAAUAUUGCGAGAAAGCCCUUGCGAUCUUUGAGGAAAUUGGCUACAGAGAUGGAGAAGCAGUCGAGUACGCAAAUUUGGCGACAUGUUUCCAAUCGCUUGGCAUGUAUAACGCGGCCGAAAAAUACAUCAAGAGGGCAUUGUUAAUAAGUAAGAAUAUUGGACACAACUUGAAUGAAUUUAGGUGCCUCUGUCAACUAUCAGUGUUGAAGCUAUCACAAUUUAAUCUCAAAGAAGCCAUGUCAUAUCUUUUUCAGUGUAUUGGAAAAUUCGACACGUUGCGAGGUUUCCUUAAAGAUAACGAUCACUUUAAGACUUCUCUUCUAGAGGAGCACGGUAAUUUUCCAUACAAGUUGCUUAGCAAGUUGCUUUCUUCUACUGGGAAGCUAAGAGAUGCUCUCUAUGUUGAGGAGCUGAGACGGGCAAGAGGCCUCACCGACUUCAUGGCAGCAAGGUACUCUGUUCAAGAGUUGAUCUCAGGGAACCCACAGUCAUGGCAUGGCAUUCACAAUAUCAUCACAAAAGAAACGGACUCCACGUGUCUUUAUAUUUCAGUUGAAAAAGAACAUGCACGGUACUGGAUUCUGGAAGCAUCAGGAGCCAUUCAUUUCUCACGAAAGAAAGUGAGUCUGGAGAAACACGUGGUGACAAAAUUAGUUCCUGAUUUGGAUGAGUUUUUCACAAAAAGCUUUCGCAGUCUUGGCAUUUUACCCCAACAGAAUUGCGAAGAUAGAUCAUUAGAUGACACCGAAUCGAUGCCCCCUCCUUAUGACAAUCACGGGCUCAUGCGUGAUUAUGAUCCUAAAGAUUUCAAAAUGAAUCUUCAGUCGUGUUACGAGAUAAUCAUCGCUCCCAUGGCCAAUUUACUUAAAGAGCCUGAGAUCAUAAUUGUCCCUGAAUCCUGUAUGUACCAAGUCCCAUUUGCAGCCAUCAGUGACGAAGGAGGAAAAUAUUUAGCGGAUACUUUCAGGAUCCGCGUCGUUCCCUCUCUAACGACUCUAAAGCUAAUUCAGGACAGUUCCCCCGACUAUCACAGUCAGAGAGGAGCACUGAUAGUGGGUGAUCCUGAGGUUGGCGAGGUGCUUUUGAAAGGAAGACGCAGGAUCAUAGCAUCAUUGCCAUGCGCACGAAAGGAAGCAGAAAUGAUUGGACGACUUCUUGGAGCGACACCUUUGACUGGAGACCGCGCAACAAAAGAGGCAGUUCUUGACGCAAUAAAUUCAGUAAGUCUGAUUCACUUUGCUGCCCAUGGUGAUGCCGAAAGAGGAGAGAUUGCUCUAUCUCCUAAUUGCCCCACCACCUUCAUUCCACAAGACGAAAACUACCUCUUGACGAUGGCGGACAUUUCAAAACUUCGGCUGCGAGCUAAACUGGUGGUACUUAGCUGUUGUCACAGUGCACGUGGGCAGAUUAAAGCCGAGGGAAUCAUUGGAAUCGCUCGAGCGUUCUUAGGAUCUGGUGCUCGUUCAGUAUUAGCGGCACGGUGGGCCAUAGAAGACACAGCCACGGAGGAACUCAUGAGAUGUUUCUACCAAAACUUGUUCCGCGGCAAAAGUGCAAGUGAAUCCCUUCACGAGGCCAGGAAAUGGUUGAGAGAGCACGGCUUCGAAAAGGUUUCUCAAUGGGCUCCGUUCAUGCUUAUAGGCGAUAACGUGACAUUUGAUUUUGAAAAUUGGCCAGUGUCUAAAACAUCCAAACAGCCAUGA